AUGAAUUUCCAAAACUACACUACUGUUCACUUGAAAGGAGUAAAGGAAGUAGAAGUACCAAAACAAGUAACAAAUAACAGGACAUCAGAGACGUCCAAAAACUGUGCUGAGCUGUACAAAUCCGGUCAAAGGAUCAGCGGUGUUUACACAAUCGAACCAGAUGGUUCAGGCGCCUUUAAUGUAUAUUGUGACCAUAUGACAGCUGGUGGGGGAUGGACAGUGAUCCAGAAGAGAAUGGAUGGCUCUGUUGAUUUUAACCGCACCUGGGAUGACUACAAAUAUAGCUUCGGUAACUUUAGCGGUGAAUUUUGGCUCGGAUUGGACAAAAUAAACCGCCUGACUCGAAACAAGACAAAGAACAAGCUUCGAGUAGAUCUGGGAGUAAAAACUGGCAAAACUGCUCACGCUGAGUAUGACUGGUUUGCGAUUGGCAACGAAAUGGUUAAAUACCAGCUGUACAUUGGCAAUAAGACUAAUGAGACUGCGACCUUUGAUUCCUUCGGUCCUCACAGGAAUCAAGUUUUUGGUACUUGGGAUAGAUAUCCUCAUGAUUGUGAUGAAAAGAGAGGCGGAGGCUGGUGGUAUAGUGAUAGUAACUGUGCUGUCUGGUCAAAUCUCAACGGGCUUUACUUUGAUAAUAAAACCUCGUGCGCAAUCUACUGGAGUAAUUUGAGUACCGUUCCAGAGGAAAGCAUUCCCAGAUCAGCAGAAAUGAAAAUAAGACCAGUCGACUUCUUUUCUUCUUUUUCUCGGUAUACUGACUGA